GAUCACUCAGAUCUGGGGCACUCAACGGAACUCUGAGAUGUAUCACAAAUAUCGAAUAUCAAAAACAAAAUCUAGCCAGGAGUGUACAUUAUUUUUAAAAGUGUAAACAGGUGCAUUUGUUUAUAUUAUUUCACGCAAAAAAAACAAAACCGUAGAACUAUAGAGCACAGACAUUUUGUACAAGCCUUUUUGGACUUAUAAUUAGCAUGCUUCGUAUGCUUCACGUCAACAAUACAAGUAUGGAACUUAGUAAAGUGGUAUGAUAAAUAGAUGAUAAUUACUGAUGAAACACUUGUGUAAUUAAGCUAUCCACAGGGAACUAUUCGUCGAAGCACUUCGGGUAGACAACCGACUGUGAAACAUGAACGCAGAUAAGUUGCCAAUAUCACAGGUUCUAAUGACGCUCUCUUGUCGAGAAAGUUAGAACCAAAGAACAAACGAUGUCUUGCUAACUAGGGUGACGAAACCUAGAAAGGGUACAACAAGGGAGCUAAACAUAUAAAAUAACAUUUCGAUAGACUACUAUAGAUACGAUAGAUACUCGAUCAGCCAUCGAUUCGAUCAGAAGAGGACUUUAAACCGCGCUUUAAUCUGAACGUCCAGAAAAAAGUAAUCCCAGUUAAUGCGAAGGAUUGUUACCAUCAACGACGAUGCCCCGCGCCUGCUUUGUUCCUGGAUGCCGCACGCAUAAGGCUUUUUACGAACGAGGCGUAGCGAUGUUUACCUAUCCAAGGGAUCCAAAGCUGGUGGCCGCUUGGAACGUAGCUUGCUCGAGGAGCGAGAAUUCCAAACCUCCACGGCAUGCGUGCGUUUGUGAGAAGCAUUUCGAUCCGGCAGAAAUUAACGGAAAAUCCGGCAGGCGAUCCUCGCUGCAACAGGGGGCCGUCCCAUCUCGUUUCCUGGAUGGCUCGCGGACGGAAGAGGAGAUAGAUGGAACAGAGAGCUCGUUCGAAGCCGCUGACCAAGCUCGGGCGAUGGAAACCCUUAACGUUGAAGAAGUUUUUAUUCAAGCAGAAGAUGAAUUGAAACAGGUUCCAGAGUUGGAACAUCUAGAACUGGAGAAAAUGUGCCGUGUGUGUGGAAUGAAGCAAGAACAGAAACCUGAAAGAACUCUAGACGAGUUGAGCUUCGAUGAAAAAGGAGAAUCUUUGCUAGCACUGUGUUUGCUUGCCGAGAACGAAUCCCUCGAAACGAUUCAACGGAUAUGUUCGAGAUGUUUCACACAGAUCAGUUCGUUUCUGGAGUUUCUUAAAAUGUGCUACAAUGGUCAGCGAUUGCUAUUCGAGCGGCUACUAGAAAACGAACAAGCUGUGACAACCGAACAGGCUCAAAGCGAUUCUGGUGACGCAACAGACGAAAGCCAAGAGAUAGCUACUGAUGAAGAUGUUGAAAAGCUCAGCGUUCACAAACCACAAGGGAACGAAACUGAUGAAAUGAGAGAUUCCAGAAUCGAUCGUUACAUCGACGGUCUUAUAACAAAACUGAAAUCGGAAAAAAGAACAUCGAUUUUGCCACGGGAAUGGGAAUGUUUAGAUUGUAGGGAAAUUUUCCAGCAUCGGAACCACCUAGCCAUACAUAGACGAACCUGUGCGUUGGUGGGGAGUAGAAAUUCGAAACGAUAUGGCCCGUUUGGUUGCCAGCUGUGUGAUAAAGAAUUUAAGACGCUGCCCGGUUUUCGGCAUCAUUUGCUAAAAAUGCACGACAGGGACAAAAUACGGGCGAGCGGCGGCAAAAAGAACACACCGACCACGGUAGAUGAAAGUGACGAAAACUAUCCAGAGGAGUUGCGUUCAUUGAAGUCUCGGAAAAUUGUGAUAUGUCCGAUUUGUAACGAUACAUUUCGCACCUGUGGUGAGCUGAGAUAUCAUCUUCCAGCGCAUAAAAGUGUCAACAAGGAGAAAGGUCUAAAAUCUAGCCAGGAGAUGAGCUCUGAAGAAGGCUCGAAGGAAAUUAAACAGUUUAUGUGCAGUUUCUGCGGUAAAAUGGAAAGAAGUCACGCGGGGUUGGAGAUUCACAUGAAAUUUCACCUCAAGCAGAAGGAUUGGGCGUGCGAGAUCUGCGCAAAACGAUACUACACGAAGGCGGAUUUGAGACAACACGUGCUUAGUGUUCAUGAGAAGUUUACUUACACAUGUGAUGACUGUGGGACCGUUCUCAACUCUAGGGCCACUUUCACACGCCACAAGAGACUGCAUAACGAAUCACAACUGAAGAAGUGUACGUUCUGUGUGAAGAAGUUCACCACCAGUAAUGCGCUCAAGAGACAUGUUGAAAGCAGACAUCUCGGCCAAAAGCGUCCCCGCGUGCACGCUGUGGAGGUUUUGGAACAUGACGCACCAUGGAAGGAUGCGGAUGAACUGCCGCAAGAAGAACUUGAGGAAAUCGUCAUCGCAGAGUGCGUACCGGAAGAUCAAGGGGAACCGAAGUAGGCAAGUGCUCUAAUUGUUGGACAGAUUAUUGUUUAUUAUCUGAUUGUCCAACCGAAAAAUUCAAAUUUGUUCAAUUAUACUCUUACUCUUAUGUCUAAAAAUGGCUACUGUGUAAUAUACAACAUGAGAAAAAAUGUACACGAUAAAUUCGGCUCUGUUACAGCUGAAUUACUAAAUGAGCCUAAUAAAAAUAAAUCAAAUGGGAUAAAAAAAACUUUUCAUGGCAUUGGAAAGCAACCAUGUGGUGAAGUUUCGACAUCAAAUGCUAGCUUACUCUAUUAGCUACCACUUACCAUCAAUUUCAUUUAAUUUUGUAUAACUUUAGGCAAUAAAUUCGGUUUAAAGCAACAAAACCUUAUAACAUUCAAAAAUAUGUGAACUUUUCUACAAUAUUCCUGUGACAAAAGAUCACAUAUUGUGAUGUAGGAAAAAAAAACAUUGGAGUGAUCCACCUACAGGAACAAAAAUGUAGGUUUUGGCCAUUGUUUUUGUUCGGCGAUUUUUCGAUUUUUUUUCAUUUUCUGAAAAACGAAAGAAUUGAAAAAAAUAAUUCUUGAAUAUAUAUAAUAUUAUAAUAUUAUAAUAUUUUUGGAAUAUUGCUUUAACUCUCCUGCGAGUACCAGGGACAUCCCAUGCAUUGAAAUGCAUAUGCCACCAAUGACAGUUACUCGGCAUGACGUACUUGGCGUGCUAAAAGGUCUCGAUGCUAGCAAAGUGGCUGGUGCUGAUGGUCUACCGCCGUCCUUCCUCAAAGAAUUUGCUGAUUCUUUAGUUUUUCCUAUCGCCAUGCUAUUCAACCGAUCACAACAGAGUAACAUUUUUCCUGAUGCGUGGAAAGUUGCCGCUAUAGUUCCCGAUACACAAAUCCGGGAGCAUAAACAAAGUUGAGAACUAUCGCGGUAUUUCCAUUUUGUGCUGCAUUGGGAAAAUUUUCGAAAGGAUUAUCCAUGGAGUACUGCUGAGAAAUUUGCAGAUACUUAUAAACGAAUACCAGCACGGAUUUAUCAAGAAGCGUUCCACGACAUGUAACUUGAUGAGUUAUACAUAUGAAGUGAACAAAGUCAUAAAAAAAGCGACCAAGUCGAUUCCAUCUACGUCGACUUCUCGAAAGCCUUCGAUAGAGUUCCACAUGAGCUGAUGGUCAACAAGAUUUUUUUUUUCUAUAUUAUAGUGACUUUCAACACAUUUCGGCUGGUUCGUCACUUUUACUUCCAUUUUUGGAAGAAUGUCGGGAGUGAGAAUUGAACUCGUGAUCUCUGCGUGAGAGGUAUGGAUGUUACCACUACGCCAGAUCGCCUCCACGGUCAACAAGAUGUCUAGAAUGGGUUUCCCUUCAUGGGUGACUGAAUGGAUCCGAUCAUAUCUUACUGAUCGUAGAGCUUACGUUAAACUCGGUUCAACCCAUUCUAAGGAAUUUGCGAUUACUUCCGGUGUGCCACAGGGAAAUAUAUUGGGACCUCUUCUCUUUGUUAUGUGACCUGUGAAUGACCUGUGUCUACGACUGCGAUCAAAAUUGCUGCUGUUUGCGGAUGAUCUGAAGAUAUACCGGACCAUCAUUUCAGCUCUCGACUGUUGCGCCCUCCAAGCCGACAUCAAUGAACUGCUGCGCUGGUGUUAUAAUAAUGGUAUGGAGAUGAAUAUUGCGAAGACGAAAAUAAUCUCCCUCACACGUAGACAGUCGUUCAUUCUCUUCGACUAUAGUACAAACUCGGUCUCCCUUGAGCGUGUAAACUCUAUUCGUGAUCUUGGUGUGAUAAUUGAUAGCAAGCUGCAGUUCAACGAGCACAAAGCACGAACCACGGCCAAAGCGUUUACAGUUCUUGGAUUUUUAAAACGUAGUACGCAGUUCUUCACCGAUGUGUAUACUCUAAAGGCCUUGUACUGUUCGCUUAUGCGAAGCAUACUGGAUUAUGCUGUCCCGGUGUGGGCUCCGUGCCAUGCAGUACAGUAUAUGAAAAUUGAAAGAGUCCAAAAUGUUUCCUGCGCUACACUCUACGUCAGCUACCGUGGAGAGACGGUUCCAGACUCCCGGAGUAUAUCGAUCGCUGUAAACUAAUCGACCUUGAAACUUGCAUCCAGACGGACUAAAUUGCGGCGAAUGUUCGUGUUUGACCUGCUGACAGCUAACAUAGACUGCCCAUCUCUUCUUCAAAAUGUCCACAUAACUGUACCUCAUCGUCGACUACGUAACCAGCUUUUUUUUCGCUCCCUACGAGUAGAACGACGUAUGAAUACUACAAUCCUUUUUAUGCAUGUUUGAGAGAUUUUAAUAGUAUUAGUGCAGUGUUCGAAUUCUAUAUAAAUAAAGCUGUUUUUAAACUUAGACUUAAGAAUAUAAGUUAAGAUGUAGUCUGAGCUAAAAAAUUCGAAGACGAAAUAAAUAAAUAAAUAAAAUAAAAUUGAAGAUUGGAGUU